AUGAAACCGCGGGAGACCCGGAACUUCAGGAACUCAGGUCCACAAUUCAUGCUGGAUGGCCGGCAGAGAAGGCUUCCAAGCACUUCCCGCCACGCGACCAUAAUUAUUGAAACAUACGUGACGAGGUUUACGAGGCAGGAGGACUGCUAUUCUACGGGAAAAAACUCGAGAAUGCCUCGAGAAAUGCGCAAGGAAAUGCUCAACACUGUGCAUGAGUGUCACCUCGGAAUGGAGAAAUGCAAGGCCAGGGCGCGUAACACCAUCUACUGGCCUGGAAUGUCAUCAGCAAUUAAAAUUUUUAUAUCAAGGUGCAAAACGUGCAACCGUUUCAAGAAGAGACAGCAGAAGGAACCGCUAAUUCCACAUGAUUUACCAGACAGACCGUGGAAGAAACUCGGUAUGGACUUGUUUGAGUAUGGGGCAAAAGACUAUCUUGUUGUAGUAGACUACUACUCCAAGUACCCAGAAAUCAGCCUACACAAGAGAAAACCCGAGAGUGAGAUGAUCACGCAUCUCUUGUCCAUCCUCGCGAGACACGGGAUACUGGAAACUAUUGUGUCUGACAAUCAACCGUUUAGCUCCCGUGAGUUCAAAGACUUUGCUAGGAAAUGGGACAGUGAACUAUGUACCUCAAGCCCAACCAACCCCCAGUCGAACGGACUCAGUGAACGGGCUGUGCAAACAGUUAAGAACAUCAUUAGAAAGUCAGCCGAGGAAGCGAGUGACCCAUACAUCGCGUUACUCGAAUACCGUAAUGCACACAUUGCUGGAAUGAAUUACUCUCCCGCUCAACUGCUAAUGAGCGGGACACUUCGAUCAAGAUUACCAGCAAAAAGUACAUCGCUGAUGCCAAGAAUUGCAAAGGAUGCAUGUGGGCAGCUCAGAAUGAGCAGGCACGCCUAUAUAACAAGCAUGCAAAACCGUUAA